UCAAGUACACGUAACGAAUUUUUAGCACAGUACCCCGGUUCGGUUUUGGUUUCACAAAAAGAAAAAUACUUUUCCUUAAAAAAUAUUAAUUCUUUAAUUUAAAUAAAAUAAUUUAAAAAUAAAUAAUUAAAUUACUAACACAAUGGCUUCUCACAUAUCCAAAGUAAAUAAACCAAAAAAUGCACCUCCUAGCACAACCAACAACAACAACACCAACAAAAAAUCAGAAAACUCCAAUAAUAAAUCGCAACAAUCGAAAAAAUUUAAAGAAAUUCAAAAUAAAAAUAUGGAAAUGGCCAAGAAAAUAGCAGAAAACUAUGAAUCUAGUUCUGAUGAAGAAGAACUUGAUGGUGGUAAAAUUUUGGAAAAAUUAUACAAAAACUAUACGGGCGGAAAUGAUCAACUCCAAAAGACAGCAGCUUUUCUAGAGAAUGUCUUGCAAUCAGGCUCUGCAAUAUGUCUCAUUUGCAUUGGCUCGGUGAAAAGAGCUGAUGCUGUUUGGUCUUGCAAGUUUUGCUAUUGUGUGUUCCAUUUGAAUUGUGUCAAAAGAUGGGCUAAUGAUAGUAUUGCAUUGCUCAAAGACAAGGGCACUGAAGAACAAGGUUAUUACAAUAAUUUGGGUGAAUUCAUUCCGAAGAAAGUCAAAGCUGUUAAAUGGUGUUGUCCACAAUGUCGACGAGACUAUCAACCGCAAGAUAGACCAACUCAAUAUGAGUGCUUUUGUGGGAAAGAAGUUAAUCCUGUUAAUCAGGAAUGGAUAGUACCGCAUUCGUGUGGUGAGACUUGCGAGAAGCCGCUACAACCCGAAUGUGGUCACAAAUGUUUGCUACUAUGUCAUCCAGGUCCAUGUCCUCCUUGUGCCCAGAGCAUAUUUUCAAGCUGCAAGUGUGGUAAAUCUCCACAGAAGACACUUCGUUGCUUCCAAAAGACUUGGACUUGCGAUAGGAAAUGCUUGCAAGUUCUUCCCUGCGGCAAGCACAAAUGUGAUCAGAUUUGUCAUUCGGCUAAACAAUGUCCGCCUUGUAGCAAGACUAGUCUUCAGAAGUGUGUUUGUGGCAAUGAAGAGGCGAUGAAAAACUGUUCACAGAGAGUGUGGCAGUGUAAAAAGGUCUGCAAUAAGAAAUAUAGUUGUGGUAUACACAGUUGUAAGCGAGUUUGUCAUGACGGAGAAUGUGGCGAUUGUCCGCUGGGCCUGCCAAGAUCGUGUCCAUGUGGGAAAACGAGAAAAAUAGCACCUUGUAAUGAACCCAUUGAUACUUGUGAAGACACUUGUUACAAGUUACUUUCAUGUGGAAAACACUAUUGCACACAACGUUGUCACAAAGGGGAUUGCAGCUUGUGCUUAAUUGUUACGAAAAAGACCUGUCGCUGUGGCAUGCACGAAAAAGAAUUACCGUGUUGGAAGGCUUUCAGUUGUGAGACAAAAUGUAAAAAGAUUCGUGAUUGUGGAAAGCAUGCUUGCAACAAAAAGUGCUGUGAUGAUCAAUGUCCACCAUGUGAUAAGGUUUGCGGAAAAUUGCUCUCUUGUAAGAAACACAAAUGCACUUCAGUUUGUCACGAUGGUCCGUGUUAUCCAUGUAAAAUACAAUCACAGGUUAAGUGUCGUUGUGGAAGUACUUGUAUUACAGUACCAUGCGGUAGAGAACGUAGAGCUCGACCAACUUGUAUGGAACCUUGCAGAAUUCCAUCUAAAUGUCAUCAUCAGAAUAAGCACAAAUGUCACAAAGGUGAUUGUCCAUCAUGCAGUCAAGUGUGUGGUUUGAAAAAUGACACGACAAAAUGUGAACAUUUAUGUUCAGCUCGUUGUCAUGCUGCUGUGAAAGUUCCUUUCAAAAAUACUACUAGUAAUAUUUUUGAAUAUAAAUUUGAUAAUUAUGAAAUCAAACAAUUACCACAUCCAAAAUGUGAAAAGAAAGUAAUGGUUGCCUGCAUUGGUGGUCAUGAAAUUGCUGAAUGGCCAUGUUGGAAUUCUAAACCAACUUCAUGUCAACGUGUUUGUGGACGAAGUUUGAAAUGUGGCAAUCAUAAUUGUUCUUUUGUUUGUCACAAAGUACCUAAUAUCGAUGAUAAAAAUGAACAAGAAAGCUGCAGACAAUGCACUGAAGGGUGCGAAAUCAAACGACCACCAGGUUGUGUUCAUCGUUGCAAAAAAUCUUGUCAUCCACCUCCGUGUGAUACAUGUCUAGCACAAAUUAAAGCAACUUGUCACUGUGGACUAACGCAGGUUUAUUACAAGUGCUCAGAAUAUUAUUCAACUAACGGUGAAGAACAAGACAUUCAGGAACGUCAAGAAAAAUUAAAAAGUUGCGGAAAUCGUUGCAUUAAAAAUUAUGCAUGUGGUCAUCGUUGUUCAGCGGAAUGUCAUUCAGGACCUUGUCCAAAUCCACAAAACUGCCGUAAAAAGGUUAAAAUCUACUGCGAAUGUAAACGUAUCAAAAUUGAAGUUUCUUGUGAGAAAUCACGUUCGAAAGACUCAGUGAUACCUUGUGAUGAUAUCUGUCAAGUCAAAAAAGCUGAGAGUGAACGAAUCAAACAAGAAGAAGCUGAGAAACAAAGACUUGCAGAGGAGGAACGUAAUCGCAUUGAAUUGGAGCAAUUUGAGAAGAGAUUUGGUAAACGAAAACCAAGAGAACGCAAAGUAAUCGCACAAGAAGUCAAAGAAAAUAACAAUCAAUUAAAGUUGCUAAUUGGAUCUGUAGCAGCUAUAGCUUUAGCUGCAGCAUUGACAUUUUAUUUUUAUUUAUAAGAAAGUGAAAUUGUCAUUUUGUCUUUAGAUUAGUUUUUUUUU